AUGGAAUGGAAUGGAAGUAUCAUUAAUAAUUCCGCGACACGAAAAGUGGCCGAUUUGUACCGCGACCCGUUGCGGCUUCCCUACCUGUUAGCCAUUGGUUCUCAACCUAUACCACCUCCUGCCCGGCGCACGGCGGUCGCAGUGCCAUGCAUCUGCGCGCAAUGUAAGUCAGAUUUAACUGCUGAUUUUUUUAAAAAUGCGCAAGUUGUUACUGCCGAAGCUUGUGGUGUGGGUUAUCGUACUGUAAGACGGAUUUGUGCUGAAGGAAAAAAUAAUAUUAAUCCAGAAACACCAGGUGCGGAACCUACAUUUGUUUCUCCACGUAAAGGGUAUAAACGAGCAAAAACUGUUUCGGAGCUGGAUGAUUUCGAUUCCGAUGUUGUGAGGAGAACUGUCCACGAGUUUUACGACCGGGGUGAGUACCCAACGGCUCAAUUAAUAUUAAAUGUCGUAAAAAAAAAAACAAAUUACAAUGGGUGCGUUCGAUCAAUGCAAAGGCUCCUAAAAAAUUUAAAAUUUACUUACAAAAGAUGUAACGAUGGUCGUAUGUUUUUAAUGGAGAGGAAUGAUAUCGUCGCACUUCGGUGUAAAUUUUUACGACAAAUGUGUACGCUGCGAAAAAAUAAAGACGAUCGUCCAGUGGUUUAUCUCGAUGAAACGUGGGUAAACCAAAACCAUUCACGCACCCUUAUUUGGCAAAAUGAAAAUAAUUCUGGUGGUCUGAAGGUGCCGACGGGUAAAGGAGGCCGACUUAUUGUAUGCCAUGCAGGAUGUAGUCGCUACGGGUUUAUAGAAGGGUCAAAAUUGGUAUUUCGAAGCAAUACCGGAAAUACCACGGAUUAUCAUAAUCAGAUGAAUGGUGAAGUAUUCAAAGAGUGGUUUAUUCAACUGCUUAAAAAUCUAGAAGAGCCAUCAGUUAUAGUCAUGGACAAUGCGCCUUACCAUUCAAUCCUCAGAGACAAAUAUCCGAAAAGUAAUUGGAGAAAAACCGAAGUACAACAAUGGUUAAAUGAAAAAAAUAUUGAGUUCCAUCCAUUGGAAACAUUACCUGAACUUCGGCAAAAAGUUAAAAACCUAUUGCCACGUGAAAAAAAAUAUGAGCUGGAUGACAUUGCAAUUGAAAUGGGUCAUGAGGUAAUCCGUCUUCCACCAUACCACUGUAAGUAUAACCCAAUUGAGUUAAUUUGGGCUCAAGUUAAGGGCCAAGUAGCGAAAUUUAACAAUACUUUUAAAAUGGUUGAUAUUGAGCGGUUAACACACGAGGCAUUAGAUGCAGUAACAAUAGACGACUGGACGAAAUGCGUUCGUCAUGCAGAAGAAAUUCAGGACGAGGACAACAAAAAUGAAAUAAUGAGGGACACCAUGAUAGAACCAAUAAUUAUGACAAUAUUACCAGAUGACAGUGACUGGAGUGAUGAUGAAGAAGAUAUUGACGAAGAAAACCACGGAUAA